AUCAUUUUCAUUUCUUUGCAAUAUUGAAUUUAUACUUAAAUCUGACGUUCUAAAAAAAAUGAAUUAAUAUUUUUUUGUUGUAGUAAAAAAAAUACUAGUAAAACAAUAAUAAAAUAAGAAAAGUCUGUUGUUGUCACAAGUGUCCGGCCUCCGGUAAGCCUGUGCUGCUAGAACCCUCAUCUCAUCUAUCAUCCAUUUUAGAUUCAAACCGUUUGUUUUUUGAUUCUACAAAAUCAAAAUCAGUUUAGAAAGAUGCACCUCAAUACGUGGCUUUAACAUCACCUUCACACUUGUUUCUUUUUUCCUCCCCUCCUUUCAAUUUCCCAAUUACAGUAAUCAUCAUAAUCAUAAUUAUCAUAAUUAUAAUUAACACCGCCUUAAUCUCUCUUCUUUCGAAUGCAUCGUUACGUCUUUUGAAUCGAAUGGUAGAUGGUAUGCGGCAGGUGUAUCAGUUCUAUUUUUGUUCGAGCUGCAAAGAGAUUGCAAUUGAAUCACGUUGUUGUUGGGAGAAACUGUUUAACAAGAAGAUUUCAUCAUCCAAAUCCACAAUUUCUUGCUUAUUAUUUUCAUAAUAAUCGUAGUGUUUUUAAUAGAUACAUAGGGAUGAUGGUUGAUACAGGUUCUAUGUCAACAAGGGCUGGUCCCUCUGUCGAUAUGGUUUCACAACAAAAAGAUGAUGAUUCUACUCCUUCUGGUUUUAUUACUGGUGGAUGGAAAAGUGAAGAUGAAAAACUUAGCUGCGGCUUUUCAAGCUUUAGGGGGAAGAGAGUCACCAUGGAGGAUUUCUAUGAUAUUAAGACAUCAAUCAUUGAUGGUCGUUCAGUGUGCUUAUUUGGAAUAUUUGAUGGUCAUGGCGGUUCUCGUGCUGCUGAGUAUUUGAAGGAUCAUUUAUUUGAGAAUCUCAUGAAGCAUCCAAAGUUUUUGACGGACACCAAAUUGGCUAUAAGUGAAACAUAUCAGCAGACUGAUGCUGCAUUUCUGGACUCUGAAAAAGAUAAUUUCCGGGAUGACGGUUCUACUGCUUCAACCGCUGUUUUGGUUGAUAACCAUCUUUAUGUUGCCAAUGUCGGAGAUUCUAGAACUGUAAUAUCAACAGCUGGAAAAGCAAUUGCUCUCUCUGAGGAUCAUAAACCUAAUAGAAGUGAUGAGCGGAAGAGAAUUGAGAAUGCUGGGGGUGUUGUCAUGUGGGCAGGUACUUGGAGGGUUGGAGGGGUGCUAGCAAUGUCUCGUGCAUUUGGCAACCGUAUGCUGAAGCCAUUUGUAGUAGCAGAACCUGAAAUCCAGGACCAGGUGAUAGAUGAAAAUACUGAGGUGCUUGUUCUUGCAAGUGAUGGAGUCUGGGAUGUAGUACAGAAUGAGGAUGCUGUUUCUCUUGCACGUGCGGAAGAUGCAGCCGAGGUAGCUGCUCGUAAGUUAACAGAAGCCGCUUUUAAUCGCGGCAGUGCAGAUAACAUUACUUGCAUUGUGGUACGAUUCAAUCAUGAAAAAAGACACCCAGCUAAUCCUGAUAAAGCCGGUCCAGCUAGCAGUCAGCAGAAGUAGACAUUGAAAAGCACACAAACAUGUGUUUGAUUUAUUGAGGGAAGGGAACACACUGAAGUCUGCACAUGCGCGAUGGCUGACUUGUGCAUGUCAAACAACUGAUGAUUUGUUUAUUCAUCCGUUUUGGAAUGUAAGUCACUCUUGUAUUGUGAUCAUUGAUGGAUUCAUGCUCUUUCUAUAACUGAUUAUAGUGUUUGCUCUAAAUAAGUUUGCGGCUUGUAGGGGCUCGAGUUUGGUAUUUUUGUUUUUGUCUAAUAAAUGCAACGUACAUCUUUUUGUGUUAUGAA